UAUGAGGGAAUGUGCCCUUACGAUUGUUUGAAAAAGAGAUUGACAGACAAAAGCCUGAAGAUAUUCCCGACAAUAUUACUAUGUGUAUAAUGACUAUCAAACUACGCAACUCCAGAUUGUACAAAUUUUAAUGACUAUCAUAAAUUAUCCAUUAAUAUUUUUUAUUUAAUGUAUAAACUUGCUCAUGGUGAAAAAGCAGAUGUGUUUAACAAGUUCAUGGACAGUGAUGGGAAGUUCAAAGACAGCUUAAGAGAAGAUGUAGAUGGGCUGUUGAGCUUGUACGAAGCUUCAUACCUUGGGCAGCAUGGAGAAGAUGUUUUAGAUGAGGCCCAAACGUUUAGCACUAAACAUCUAAAAUUAGUAAUGGAGAAGUUGGAGAAUGAUUUAGCGGAGCAAGUAAAAGAAUCGCUUCACGUUCCAAUAUAUUGGAGGCUGCCUAGAAUGGAAGCUCGAAACUUCAUCAGUAUCUACCAAAAGGAUGCUAAAAGGAACUUCCUUUUGCUCGAACUUGCUAAGUUGGACUUCAAUCUCUUGCAGUCGGUUUACCUGAAGGAGCUAAAGGAGCUCGCAGAGUGGUGGAAGGACUUGAACAUCAAGGAAAAGUUACCAUUCGCACGAGAUCGGAUGGUUGAGUGUUAUUUUUGGGCAACGGGGAGUGUUCCAGAGCCACAAUUCUACAAAUGCAGGAGGAACCUCACAAAAUUUGGAAGUUUGACAACAGUCUUAGAUGAUGUAUAUGACAUUUAUGGUUCAAUGGAUGAGCUUGAUGCAUAUACAAAUGCAGUGAAUAGGUGGGAUCUUGAGGCUAUGGAGGAACUUCCAGAGUAUAUGAAAGUAUGCUACUCAGCCAUGUACAACCAUGUCAACGAAAUGGUCGAGGAUGCCUCAAAUGAUCUUGGCUUAGAUAUUCUACCCUAUAUCAGGGAUCAGGUAGGAAUACAAUGCUAGCCAAUUAUGAAAUACAAGUUGUAAUUAACUAAGUAAAGGACUUUUAUUUUAUAUACCUUUUGCAUAGUGUUUAAUCAUACUCCAAUAUUACAAGAAUU